AUGUCAGGCUCAGAGCGUUUGAUACCCAGGCCGAGUCGUCAACCAUCCUCAGUCGAUUUCAUUGACCAUCACCUACCUCGACAUCACAAAGCUUUCUCCGACCUUAUGGUUCACUAUAAUUCUUCACUGGGAAGAUACGUACCCAGCAAUCAGGCUCUGGAAACAGCGGCUGGAAACGCGUCCACAUCCAACUCGCCCCUUGACACAGUAUCGUCCCCUCACAACACUUCGCAAGGUCCUGAGAAUACAUCGCAUCGAACGGUCCCUCUCAGACCAGCAUGGGAUACCAUAGGAUCCAUGGCUCUUUGGAAUGAGAUCUUUCAUGAAGCCAUGAACCAAUUCAGGGAUGCGACAACGGAGCCCAAAGACCGGUGUAAAUCCGGAACCAGUAUCCGGGCCGAGGACGACUGGGAGUCUGUUUACACGAAGCUCGAAAAAGCCCAGAGACAUUACCAAGAUGAAGGCGGCCGAGUAGGGUGGUUCAAAAAGAAACGAAGAGACGCUGCCGAUCAAGCGCCCUUUGUGGCCGAAGUUGUGGGAAACGCUGCAAAAGUCUUGCCAGACAGCGUGUUCUCUACCCCAAUUCUGGGUGUUAUACAAGUCAUUUUGGAUACCGUCAAAAAAGGGGCAGAAGUACGCGAUCAAGUGUCUGACAGUCUAGAUGGUCUCAUCCCCAUCUUUUCCGAUGUGGAGCUCUUCUUGUCAACCUUCAGAGGCGAUGCAAAUAUACGAUUCUUUACUAGCAAGGAGAUUGUUCGUGGGGUGAAAGCCUUUGGCCUCGGUAACUUCUAUGAACAUAACUUGGUGCAAAGUCUUGAGUCAAUCAACAAAAAGGCACAAAGGCUCAUGCAAGAAGCAACCAAGUCCGACAUGUUCGAAGGCCGAAUGUACUCGCAAGAGACCAUGAGAAUGUUGCAACGAGCGGCGGAUGCGCAGCAAAAGUCAUUAGAAGUACAGAAGCAGAUGUCGGCGGAGCAGGCCAGGGAAAUUUCGUUGCUUACAGACAUCAAGAACUUGCUUGACGACCACCAUAAGGAAAGAGACCAAGAAGUCGAAUUCCUCAGAGUCGAGAUCAUUUCUCUGCGAAGUGUAUCUCCAGGUCUAGGGAACCCAUGGGGGCCGUAUAUGCCACCGUCACAGCCUUCGCAACCCGUAUUGGACUGGCCGGUGACCCAAGGCAUAUUGCGUCAGAUACUCAGUAGCGGAGAUAUCGACCUCGUAGACGCGUCCUUUGCAGCCUCCAGAACUCCGGAUUUCCCCUCCAGGGAACGCGCCCAUGCCCAACAAAUCGUCGGCAAUCAACUCUUCCGCGCUUGGAUGAUGUCCCCGCACUCGGCCAAGUUGCUCAUCCACUGGGACCGGAAGCCUCCAAGGCAGGUGGCCAACCUCUCGCCCUUGUCGCUCUUUUGCGUCUCUAUGGCCGAGAUGCUCUACGGACACCAGCGCUUCAUUCCCCUUCUCUGGCUCUGCGGACGUCAUAUCUCCCCGGGUGAUCGGUUCAGUGGAGGCCGCUCUAUGCUGGCUAGCUUGGCCGACCAACUGCUUCGGCAACACGAGUUUGAUGUGCGUUCUAUCAUGACAGCCGGUGCGGUCGACCUCAGCCGUCUGCAAGCCGGCGACGAGAAGGAGACCCUGAGGUUGCUGUAUGCUCUCAUUUGUCAUAUCCCUGAGGCCAUCACGCCCGUUUUUCUUGUCGAUAACGUCAUAUUCUAUGAGCGUGAGGAGAUGGAGGCCGACCUUGCCUUGUCUUCCUUGCUGAAGCUAGUUGUUGACGGGAACCUGCGCGCCGCCGUGAAGGUUCUUUUCACGAGUACACCGGGCACAAGACACAUAAGGGGAGCGUUUGAUGAUGACAAUCUGAUACUGGAGGUCGACACUCUGCCAAAAACAGUUGGUUCUCCCAGUGACGAACGCGUUUCAAGAGAGUUGGGCCCUUGGGUCGUGUCAUCGUUGUCUCUGGUUCCUGGCCCCAGUCGGUGUUCUCCCGCCUUCGUGACUGCGAAGGGAGCCGGGUCGUCCGAUACCGGGACUGUGAACUUCACAUCUUCUCCGCAGUCCCUAUCAAACCUCUAUCUAAUCUCUCCUCCAUCCGAGGCUGGACAGUCCUUCAAGAUUGGAAAAGAUAAGAAGAAGCGCUAA